AUGUGUCAUGUUGGCUACCUGUCGUUAGAUCACUGUCAUCGGCUCUGUGUGAACCAUGUUGUACUGCACUGGAUUGCUUCUGGGCUUAGCUCAGGUGGUGCUGACAAGCAAGAGCUGCUGCGUGACUUUGUGACGAAGUGCUACAAGCCCCAGGACUACGAAGGGAACAAGGGGCGGCUCGAGACCCUGGUCAAGUUCAAGCGCGAGAAGGAGAAGAGCCAGAAGAGCAACCUCAUCAGAGGUUGGCUCACAGAAAAGGAGAUGAUAAAGCUGGGCUGGGAUGAGACGAAGGUGAAGGGGGCCAUGGCAUAUUGCCAGAAGAUGCGGUUGACCAAGCGGUGCAAAUACUCAGCCGAACUGAAGUUCUUGGUCGAGUUAGAGGACCGCGUAGAUGACGAAGUGCUGCUUCGAUUAAAGCUCGAAGAAGAACUGGCAGCCAUAUCCGGCAAUGGGUUCGAAGACGGCUUCGCCUUCUCGCUUCACGAGCCGAAUGCCACCGAGAUGCCGCCGGAGGAUGAGGCUGCAUCCAAGCUUAAGCUCCCGGAGUUCCCUGAGAUCACCCAGGAUGUGGCUACGUUGGGAGCCCGUGUGAAAAAGUUCAAGGAUGCUGCUCUCAAGCGUCGGGGUGUCUACACAAGUGUGGAGGGUCGCUUGAAGGAGGAUGAGAGCAAGGGCCAUGAGACAGACCUUGGCGUCCUCAAGACAAGCCUAGGCCGCUUGGGUGCUGGUCGGUGCCUACUCAUGCUUUCCUUUGUUUCUGACUGGCUGCCAGAUCAAAUCAUGACAUCGUACAACAAGAUCUGUGCCACGGAGACGAGCGCUGAGAAGAAAAAGCACCUAGGCAGCAAUGCAUGCCAAGUGGGUCCUUUGAGUGGGCCUCGCUAUAAGGCCCGACAGCUACAAGAUCCUUUGCGAGACCAUGGAGGGGGCGUUUUGCAACAUCUGAGGACGUUCUUCAAGAAGCGCACGGCUGCCAAGAAGAAAGCUACUGCUAAGCCUGAGGAAGCAUCUUGA